UACGUGGGAAAAAAAGAAGUGAGAUUCAAUCGCAAAUUUAUCGUAAAACAUCUGGGGCAUUUUCAUUUCAAAUAAUUCAUUCCUCCAUUUUGUUCUUGAUUUCUUCGUUACUCAUGCAUCGAAGACUUCAGUUUUCACCGUUUUAAAAGCGAAGAUGUUGCAGUUAUUGCUGCUGGCUGGUGUUAUAUCGCAUGGAAAUGCAGCGAUUGGUUUUUCUCUUAUGGUACCCAAAAACGUCAGUUGUACAGAAAAUCAGUUCAGUUGCAUAACAGGCAAUACAUGUAUAGAAAAAGGGAAAAGAUGCGAUGGAAUUCACGAUUGUCGGGAUAUGUCUGAUGAGGAAAAUUGUGAAUACAUUUUGUGCACAGAUUCUAUGUUUUUUAAAUGUAAAAAUGGAAGAUGUAUCAGUAAAUCUUUCGUUUGCGAUGGUCAAGAUGAUUGUGAAGAUUAUUCUGAUGAAGAACAAUGCAAGGAUUUCAAGUUGAAGCUAAAUUCGAAUUUAUCAUGUGAAGAAAAUGAAUGGAGAUGCGCCGACAGAUUGUGCAUCAUGAAAGAUUGGGUUUGUAAUGGAGAACCGGACUGUUUGGAUGGUUCAGAUGAAACUAUUGGUUGUACCCUCACCAUAGCCUGCGAUGGAUUCAAAUGCAAAAAUAAUCAUUGUAUUCCAACCGAAUGGAGAUGCGAUGGAUCUGAUGACUGCAUUGAUAACAGCGAUGAAGAAGGAUGUGAGAACUUCAUAAGUCCAGAAAAAUGUACGUGGGAAAACAAGAAAUUUUUAUGCGCCAACAACCAUACGUGCAUUGAUAUGCAUAAUGUUUGUGAUGGCAAACAUCAUUGCCCUGAUAAGUCGGAUGAGAGUAUUCUCUGCACAGCUCCAGCUCAAUCAUGCACACAUCACAAUUGCUCGCAUGAAUGUGCUCAACUACCAACUGGACCUCAAUGUUAUUGUCCUGAAGGAUAUCAUAAUAUUAACGAGAAAGAGUGUCAAGAUAUUAACGAAUGUGAGAUAUACGGUAUUUGCGAUCAGAAAUGUAGGAACACCCCAGGAUCUUACGAAUGCCUGUGCGAUCACAAAUACAUCCUCCAAGAAGACAAGAAAACGUGCAAAGCUGUUGGGGGCGAAGCUAUGAUGGUGUUCAGUUCCAAGACGCAAAUAAGAGCAUAUUUCCUGCAGAGCAAAAUUUACUUCCCGGUUUCAUCCCAACUGAAGCAGGUUGUUGGCGUUGCUUACGAUGGCACUCACGUGUAUUGGACAGAUAUAUUCUCCGAGCACGAGAGCAUCGUCAAGUCUCUGGAAGAUGGAUCCGAAAGAGAGCUGGUGAUAACUGCUGGUUUGGGAUGCCCCGAAGAUUUGGCCAUCGACACGCUUACAGACAACAUUUAUUUCACUGAUGCCGAGUACAAACACAUCGGUGUGUGUACCUCUGAUGGACUCCAUUGUACAGUUCUGGUAAACAAGGAUACCGACAGACCAAGAGCUAUUGUACUCAACGUCGAGGAUGGUGAAAUGUUUUGGAGCGACUGGGGCCAUCCUGCCAGAAUUGCGAGGGCCUAUAUGGACGGAUCUUCGGAUCAUUCGUUCAUCUCCGAUGGAAUUCAUUGGCCUAAUGGGUUGGCGAUCGAUUAUCCGAACCAGAGGCUGUAUUGGACAGAUGCUAAAGUCAUGACUUUGGAGAGUAUCAAUCUGGAUGGUACGGACCGGCGAAUUGUACUUGAAGCUGUAGUCAAGCAUCCGUACGCAAUAGCAGUGUUUGAAAAUCGCCUAUACUGGUCCGAUUGGCACACUCACUCCAUACAGUCCUGCGAUAAAUUCACCGGAAAAGACCAUCACACGAUCAUCAAGGAAAAGAAGGAAUUCAUUUAUGGUCUGUCCAUUUAUCAUUCUUCGCAACUUCCGAAUCGAGAUAAUCCAUGUGCUUUGGCGUUCUGCUCGGAUAUCUGCCUUUUGAAGGGGGAUGGUUAUAGGUGUGCCUGUCCUCAAAACAAAAUGUUAACCAGUGAUCAACAUAAUUGCAAAGAUAUUGAAGAUCGUCAGAUGCUAGUUUUGGCUGCAAAGAACUUAUUGGUCGAAAUUGAACAUCAGCUGUUGGGUAAACAUACCCUUUCACCUUUGCCGUUGGUGAUCAAGGAAGCUGGAGCCUUGGCAUACAAUCCAAUUGGUAACGUCUUGUACAUAAGUGAUUUAGGAGCUAAGGAUAUCAUCGAACUAGACAUGAGAACCGGCAUUCCAGAGCCUCUGGAAAUGAAGGAAGUCGGAAAAAUUAUCUCCAUGGAUUUCGAUCACAUGGGCAACAACCUCUACUGGGGGGACGAAGAGAAAGCAACAAUCGAAAUGAUGAAUCUUAACAAUAAAGCCAGGAGAAUAAUACUGCGCAACAUUCCGGAUGACAUACCAGAAUCCAUCACCCUAAUUCCUGAUAUGGGCAUAAUGUUUGUAUCGUUCAGAAGAAAAAGCGAUCAUUUGAGUCAUAUCGACCGUCUCUUGAUGGAUGGCAGUGGAAGGACACACGUCCACGAUCAAGGCAUUGUGGGCCCCAUCGACCUGUAUUACGACCGUGACACACACAGGGUGUUCUUCGCUGAUACUGGGACCGGAAACAUUGAAUCUAUAAGCGUUGAUGGAGACGAGAGAAACCAGUUCGCGAUGCUGUCUACAAAUCCACUCAGUUUGGCUGCUCUGAAAGCUGAUCUGUUUUGGGUGAACGAACAAUCUUCAAACCUAUAUUGGUCCAAUAAAUACAACUCAUCUUAUAGCAAGAGGGUCACUCUAGACUUCGUUCCGGAUAAUUUGAACCGCAUGCACCUGAUCUCCGUCACCCCGGAAACCAACCGAAAAAUACAGAGCGGAUGCUCCUCGAACAACGGGAACUGCUCGCAUCUCUGCAUAACCUUCCGAAAAUCGGUCGUUUGCGCAUGCCCGAACGACAUGGAACUGUCCAACGACCAGCAGACGUGCGUCAAAGUGACGUACUGCAAGUCGACGGAAUUCAAGUGCGCAAAAUCCGACAGGUGCAUUCCGUUCAGCCAGAGGUGCAACGGACAACCGGACUGCAGGCUGGGGGAGGACGAGGAGGGAUGCAAGCCGGAAAAUCACUGCCCCGUCGACCAUUUCAUGUGCGACAAUGGGGCUUGCAUAGAAGAACACAAGGUGUGCGAUCUGAUCUUCGACUGCGCGGAUAAGUCGGACGAACAUAAGUGCAACUAUCAGAAGGGGGGUACGCUUUGUCCCCCGAAACAUUAUAAGUGUUCUGAUGACCGGUGCAUUGCCGAGAAGUUCGUUUGUGACGGACACGCGGACUGCUCGGAUAGGUCAGACGAACGUGACUGUAUCUCGUCCACUUGCGCUAUGUAUCAGUUUAGGUGUAACUCUGGAGCAUGUAUACCAAAGUCCUGGGAAUGUGAUCGAGAAGUAGAUUGCUCCGAUAUGUCCGAUGAACAUCCACAGUGCUCCUCGACUUGCUCUCCCGACUCUUUCGCCUGCAACAACGGAAGAUGCUUGAGCAAAAUUUUCACCUGCGACGGUGCUGAUGAUUGCGGUGAUAUGUCCGACGAGAUGAACUGCGAGAAGAGCGGUCAUCAUCGUUGCGGCUUGCACGAGUUUCAGUGCCACGUCAACAGCACAGCCUGCCUACCGAUGUCAGCAGUGUGCAAUGGCACCUCAGAGUGCCCCGGCCAAGAAGACGAAUUGAAGUGCUCGGACUGUCGUCAGUCGGACGAAUUCAUGUGCAAAAACAAGAAAUGUAUACCGAAAGCCUGGAUCUGUGAUAAGACCGAUGACUGCGGCGAUGGAUCUGACGAGAGCAGCGCUACUUGCCAAGAAGGAAAAACUGCCUAUCAAGAAUACACGUUGAGCGUACCUUGUUCCGGAUACAGGUGCAAAUCGGGUCAGUGCAUCGAUCACUCCCUCGUCUGCAAUGAUCAUCAAGAUUGCUACGACGGUUCCGAUGAGGGUGGAGCGUGUAAAACUGCUUGCAAAUCCGACAACGACCCUUGUUCCCAAGUGUGCCUGAAAACGCCUUUCGGACCGGCCUGUAAGUGUAGGGCAGGCUUCGAACUGAUGGGAGACGGUAAAACAUGCAUGGACAUCGACGAGUGUAGAAUUGAACCACCAGUUUGUAGCCAGUUAUGUUUCAACCACCCUGGAAGGUAUCAAUGUGACUGCUACAAUGGCUUUGAACUGAGGUUGGACAAAACGUCUUGCAAAGCUUUGGGGGACCCAAUGACCUUGAUUUUCCUAUCAAACAACGAAAUCCGUCAACUGGUGCAAAAAGAAAAUUCCAUAAAACUGCUGUACUCAGCAGAAACCGCCAAAAUAACCGGACUGGCGUAUUCCUUUAGCCGUUCCGAAAUAUACAUAGCAAUAGAAAACAUGGGAAUAAUAAUGAAAAUCAACGAAAAAACGAAUAUGCGAGAAGUCCUAUACAAUGUGAGACAACCGAAAAAAUUGGCCGUUGAUUGGAUCACCAAUAACAUUUAUUCAUACAACAAUAUGCCCUACGCCAAGUCCAUAGAAGUGUGCAACUUCCAGAGUAAAAAUUGCGCUUCCCUCAUUAAAACGGACCUUCACAGUCAAGUUUCCAACCUGGUAGUCGACGCAGUGAACAGGGUGCUCUUUUAUUCUGUCACAACUUGGUUCUUAUUCAACACGCCAUCUUGCACCAUCUAUAAGACAUAUUUGGACGGUUCGGGAAGACAAGCCCUGGUAGAAGAUAUCCAGGGGUAUGUUUCCGGAUUGACUUACGAUAUUAACAAGAAACAUCUGUAUUAUACCAAUCAACACGAAGGAAUGAUAUAUAGGAUCAACUACGACGGCUCUAUGAAGACCAUCAUUUCCCAAAAUGUCACCCAUUCCAUGGGAUUGGAAUUCUUCGAAAAUCGUCUGUAUUACCUGUCAUCCGGAGGAACGAUGCACAAGUGGAAACUUUAUGGCCCCGGAAGCGAGGAAACCUUCAAAUUGGACAUCUUCAACGACGGGCUAUUCAGCAUAGCGCAAAAAUCUGUACAGCCUGAUGGUAUCGACAACUGCUCGAAUAAUACGUGUUCUUACUUGUGCCUUCCGAGUAAAACGUAUUACAGGUGUCUAUGCGAAGACGGUCAAGUCAUUAGGGGAGGAGAAAAGUGCCAUUCGUUCAUGAGGAGCUCAGUCAAUGAUUCACCCCAAAGAAGAAUGAAAAAAGACUUCCAGAAUAGUAUUCAGUCUUCUGAAUCAUCUUCGGCUUUUAUAAUUUCCAUGAUUUUGAUCGCCGCCAUAUUGAGUGUUGCCGCUAUUGGUGUUUAUUACAUGCGAAGAAGGAAGUUCAAGAGUAAACUAAAUUUCGGAAUUUCUUUCCAUAACGCCACUUAUGGAAUGCCCGAGAAUGAGAUAACAGCAUCCGUCUUCAAGGCAGGAGAGAAUGACUAUGAUAAUGCCCUCAAUUUCGAUCCUACGGAAUUGCAGUAUAGUGCCGAGUCCGUAAUGAAGAAAGUGGUACCUUUAGUCGAUGCUUAAAUUUCUCCGAUCGAAUAAAUGUUCGAUUCUAUAUGAAAUUGUUACUAAUACGUAUAUAAAUAAAAUAAAUGUAAAUAUUAGUCGAGCGUUAAGUAUGUCUGUGAUAGUCGUUAUUGUAUUUCUAUUUUUAACUUAAGAAAAACGUCUCUUAAAAUUUUUAUACUAAACCUGAGAAUUUUAUAUGUAUUUCGAAAUAUUUAUCCUCAAUUAUAUUUUUAUUGUUAAUAAUUGUAAUAAAUUUUUAUACACUU